AUGUGCUUGUCUCUGUUUCUUGUCGUAACCUCAGAAUUAUCAGGCACUAUAUUAAGCAGACAGUUUUCCGGCCAAGAAACUGAAACCACAAACAAUGACAAAGGGUCGGUUGUGACGUCGGAAAACGGCGUUGUGGCGGCUGAUCAUGAGACAUGUUCACGUAUCGGCGCAGACGUGCUAGGCAGAUCUGGCGGCUCCGCCGUAGACGCCGCAGUGGCCGUCGCGUUUUGCUUAGGUGUCGUGAAUCCAACGUCGAGCGGAAUCGGCGGCGGAGCCUUCAUGGUGGUUGGCUCAUCAACGGGCUCGGUAGCUAAGGCUUAUGACAUGAGAGAAACCGCUCCAUCGACUGCUUACAAGGAUAUGUACAAAGGCAGAGAGGACAAGAAAAAGAACGGACCAUUGUCUGUAGCAGUUCCAGGAGAAGUAGCUGGACUUUUCCAAGCGUGGAAGAACAGCGAGCAACGUAUCGACUGGUACUUACUGGUCGAGCCGUCUAUUAAGCUAGCUGAAAAAGGUUUCAAGGUUGGUCCGCAUCUCGCCUACGCCAUAUUAAAGAACAAGGAAAAGAUCAAUAAUGAUCCCGGUUUGAAGAGUGUUUUCACUAAUGAAGAAGGAUUACUGAAAAAAGGGGAUACAUGUUACAACCCAAAACUCGCCGAGACCUUGAAAAAAGUGGGCGAGUUUGGGAUGAUGGGGUUUUACGAAGGUGACGUGGCGGAGAAUCUUGUGCGCGACCUGAAUAAGGCUGGAGGGAACAUGACGUUGGAUGAUUUUAAGAAUUAUAAAGUUAACGUGACCGAUGCUAUGGUAGUUAAUGAUGUUAUGGGUUAUAAAAUACAAGGAAUGUGGCCUCCAUCUAGUGGAACGCCCGGUUUUGCAAUGGUUAUGAACACAUUAGCGGGAUACAACGAUUCUCCUGACAAGGAUCUUCGUUUGCAUCGUGUUAUAGAAGCCCUUAAGUAUAUGCUUGCAGCUAGGAUGGAUCUUGGAGACCCUGCGUUUGUUGAAGGAAUAUCUGAUGUUGUGAACAAGAUGGUAUCUAAGUCUCACGCCGAUAAAAUUCGUAGCGAAAUAUCUGACAUCAAAACAUACCCACCAGAACAUUACCGCAGCAGAUAUAGUCAGCUUGAGGACCAAGGGACGAGCCAUUUCUGUGUGGUGGAUAAAGAUAGAAACGUUGUGUCGAUGACAACAACUGUGAAUCAUGCGUUUGGGUCAGGGUUUAUGUCGCCAUCAACAGGUAUAAUACUCAACAACCAGAUGGCUGAUUUCUCUAUACCUAGCGAGGACUCUGCAGCGCCAGCGAAUAACAUCGCAGCAAACAAGAGGCCAUUGUCUUCCAUGAUGCCUUUAAUCAUCACAAAGGAUAACGAGCUAGCCGGAGUUAUUGGUGCAAGCGGUGGGAUAUAUAUAAUUCCGGCGGUGAUCCAAGUGUUUCUCAAUCACUUUGUCUUCAAUAUAACUCCUCUUGAGGCUGUGAAGAGUCCAAGAGUCUACCACACGUUGAACCCAAACAAGGUGUUAUAUGAGGAUUGGAAUGUGUACAAUGGAGAUAAAAUUUUGCUUGAAGAAGAGACUCGAAACUUCUUGAAGACUAAAGGACAUGAACUAAAGGGUCAAGAUGCGGGAGCCAUUGUUCAAUUAGUAGUCCAAAACAGAGUAGAUGAUUCUAAGACAGUUUUAACGGCGGUUAGUGAUCUCCGGAAAGGUGGGAAGCCAGCUGCUGCUAAUUAA